AUGAGUCGACUAGUGGUUUCGAUCGGUCAUGUCGAAUUUACAGGCAAUCGAGAAGUUUUAUAUGUCGUCAAAGUGCAGCAGGAUGACGAUGAAUGGGAAGUUCGACGCACGUACUCGGACUUUCGUCGCCUUCGUGAUGAUAUACAGCGCACUAUGAGGGAUGCACGUACGCACAUAUUGGACGAUACGUGUUCAACAGACUUUGUGCGUGGUUUACAAGGCUUGCCAUUUCCUGCGAAGCGUCUUUUUGGAAGUAAGAAGGACCACGUUGUCAAAGAACGCGCUGUCGAGCUCUAUCGCUUUCUUAUUAAGCUCUUGCUUCUCACACAUACGUAUCGCAAGGCACAAAAGUCACGAUACGAACAUUACGUGCAAUCAAUCCCAGACCAUCAGAAAGAAGCGUUUGUAUUACUGCAGGAACGUACCCAAGCUAGCAUCAGCGUAUUUUACCUACUACGCGACUUUUUAAAGCCAAUUACUAUCAAAACGGACCUCUCGUUGCAAUCAGGAGAGUUAUUAGGAUCAGGAAGGAACAGUGCAGGCGAAGAGAGUGAUGAUGUAGUUACAAAAGCCAUCCGAGAGAGUAAAAUUUUGGCUAUGACUAGCUCGAAUCUUGGAGAGAGAAAAAAUUAUCGCGAGCUGGAAAAAAUGUCGUUGAAGCGACAAGCACAGAAGCAGGUAUUGCAAGAAAAGGAACAGCAUCAAUCCCGGCAACAGAGUAUGGAAGUGGCAAAAUACGCAGAUGAUGAGACGGGAGAAAGUUCGAAACUUGAUGCUAAGUCGAUGCGUGAUCAAUUGCUUCAGAAUCAGCUCAGCUCGUCUAAAUGGACGAAUGAGCAGCAAAAGAAACGUCAUCACUCUUCACCUGGACACACAAAUAAGGAGUGGAGAAGCCGCUCUGCACGUACAACGACUUCUGCGACGACGCAGAGCUCCGUUGCAUCAUCUUCACCCGAUGAAUCCGAGCCAGAAAUGGAGAAAUUGACAGCAUUGUCGGCGCUUGCGUCAUCUACGUCGUCUCCAGCUUCUGCGGAGGACGUUAAACUAUUAAAUUUGUCGUCGUUAGCUCAUUAUACAUCCAAGAAAAGCUCUCGAGGCGAAACUUUGUCCAGUAAUCACUCUAAGUCAUCGUUACGAUCGAGUAAAGACAAAAAUUCGCUUGCUUACUCUUAUCACGACAAGACAAACUCUUCCCGUACGAAAAGACGACCCAAGUCGGCGAAGAAUGUGCAACUUAGUGACUCGGAGCGCAUGUCGCGUGUUAGCUUGGCUCUGAAUGCACAAGCUAUUUCGAUUCACGCCCAACGCGAAUUGGAAAAGUAUUUGACCGAAUACAGCGCAAUAAUGAUUUUGCGGUUUGUGGACCGAUUUAUUAACAAAGCAGUCAUGAAAGCACCGGGCUGCUACCGUGUAAAUGCAUCAAACCGCCUGGUUAUCGAUGGUCAACGCUUUUUCAACGAACUCGUGGAAACAUUUGCUGACUUGCCGGACAACUUAAGUGAACUUUUUCGUGCUGGAAGUUCUGACGAUCUCGAGGAGUGGGGAUUUCCACCAGCUCUCGACAAGUACGUGCAGUUAAAGUGGGACUCAUUCCAACAGGCCAUGAGAAGCAGUCAACUUAGCUGCGAAACUGGACACAGCAGUGCCGCAGAUCAAACUUCAGACUCCGAGAGUUCCGACACGGAAUAUGAAUAUGAAGAAGUCAGGGGUGGUGGCUACAUGACGUCGAAACAGCAUUUCUCGAACGAUGAAGAGUCGAUGCUGCAGGAAAUGAUAGCGAAUGGCACAGCUGGACGGGAACAAGUGCAACGUCUUCGACGUCAAACAGUUGAACAAACCUGGAACCGGCGUAUAAAUCCAGGCUCCAGAUCUCAUCGCGUGAUUGAGGAGGCUUCCUCAUCCGAUUCGGAAGAAGAGACACGACUUCAACAGAGAGAGAAACGGCGAUCAAAGCGAAAGGAAGCAAAUAGAAGCGUAUCGUGUAAUGUGGAAAGAUAUCAGAAGGAGCAGAAUGCAAAACGAAAGGACCGCCUGAGUCGAUUUGGCAGUCAGAGUAUUGGUGGAUUUGUGUAA